AUGGCUCCAGGACGUCUCAAAAAAGAGGAGAUUGCCCGCGAUAAAGAUUUCUCGAAGGUCAUGCAUGGCGUUUCAACAGAUAAAUCCAACGCUUUCAUGUCUAUGAUGAGCAAAGACAGUGAAGCCCACGAGUUGCUCACGAAAGACUACCUUAGCCACUGGGACAAUGGUGGAAAGGGAAUCGAGGACACAGAGGAAGCCAAAGAAAAGAGAAACGAGAACUGUACGUAAAGCUUUAAACCGUUGAGUAUGCACACUGACUUUGAACAGAUAUGUCUGUUGUAAACAACUACUACGACCUUGCAACAGAUCUUUACGAAGAAGGCUGGGGUCAAUCAUUUCAUUUCGCUCGCUUCGGUCAUGGCGAGGCCUUCGCGCCAGCUCUGGCUCGCCACGAGCACUUCCUAGCACACAUGAUCAACAUCAAGAAAGGCAUGAAUGUGUUAGAUGUCGGCUGUGGUGUUGGUGGUCCCGCAAGAGAAAUUGCAACAUUUACCGGAUGUAAUGUUGUUGGCUUGAACAAUAAUAGCUAUCAAAUUCAACGUGCGACAGGACAUUCGAGGAGACAGGGGCUGGAUAAGCAAGUUUCAUUUUGAAAGGAGAUUUUAUGGUGAGUCUUGGGAAGCCGAUUCUUAUCUUUGCCAAAGAAAGAUUGCUAGCGGAACUGUUGAAGAAUAUGGCAUUCCCAGAGAACUCUUUUGACGCUGUAUAUGCUAUCGAGGCUACAGUCCACGCGCCUUCACUUGAGGGUGUUUAUUUCCAAAUAUUUCGCGUGCUUAAACCUGGUGGAACAUUUGGUGUUUAUGAAUGGGUCGUAAGUCUAAAUCUUUAUAGUCCACGAUUUUUCCAGUUUGAAAGUGAAACUGACCUUGGUUGUCAUCAGAUGACCGACAAGUACGACGAAACGAAUCCAAUCCAUUGCUUAAUCCGUCUCGGAAUCGAGCGUGGAGAUGGAAUCGCAAACAUGAUGAGCCGUACCCAUGCUCUCACAGCUAUUAAAGCAGCCGGUUUUACCGUUGAAUAUGAAGAUGAUCUUGCAGCAUACGAUGAUGCGAUUCCGUGGUAUACUCCUUUGUCGGGUGAAUUCAAGCACGCGAAGAGCUUGUGGGAUGUACUCCACGUGGUGAGGCUGACGAUGAUUGGAAGGUAUGCGAUGGGGGCACUUUUGAAGACUUUAGAGAUGGUGAAGUUGGCGCCAAAGGGAACGGCGCAGACAGCCAGGGAAUUGAGUCAUGGUGCUGAUGCUCUGGUUGCGGGGGCGAGGAUGGGAUUGUUCACGCCGAUGUAUUUGAUAGUUGCGAAGAAGCCAUUGUUGGUGGGUAGAGGUAUUAUAGUCAAAGCACUUUGCACUGUUUAG